UUCGUGAGCCUUGGUUACCUUUAUGACGUGUUGGGAAUGAUGGCUGUUGUUGGGUUGUUGUAUGUAGCCUAGCAGGUUUAUUGACUGUCUGAAUGUGGUUUAUUGACGGUAAUAUUUCAAUGAAACCAUUUGACUCGGAUGAAGACGAGGCAGAGCAGCUGGGAGCCAAGCAAAAGGAGCUGAGGCAAUGGGCAAACCAGAGCCUCCAACAGCUGAGCAGUGCUCUGGACCAGCUGGACCCUGAUGGAGAGGAUGUCCGACCCGCUGCAGGUGACGUCUUCACGGCGGCUGAGGAGGACAAGACAGCGUGGAGUCACAAGACUCAGAGUGAAGCAGUUAACCAGUUGAAGAGCCUCCUGUUGAAGCAAGGCAGAGAAAUCCCCACCUCUUUAUCCCCUUCAGGGAAGCAAUCUCCAUCUAAGAAAGUGCGUCAGGAUGGCAGGUCCAGUUUACCAGCCUUUCAGGACUUGGUUCCAAUGAAUUAUGACCAGUCUGAGUACAUCCAGCACCUGGAAGCUGAAGUAAAGUUCUGCAAGGAGGAGCUGCAGGGACUGAAGCAGCGGAUCAGAGUGGUGGUGGUUGAAAAUGAGAAGCUGCAGUCUGAGUUCAAAUCCAGGAUCGUGGAUCAAUCUUUGAAAGAUUAUCCAAUCCACAAUUCUAUGGUGCAAAACAACAAUUUGAUAAACUCAAAAACAGAGCAUAACACCUGGAAAAAUGACCUGGAGCAGCUAAAAGUGAUCCACCAGGCCCAGACUGAAAGCUUGGAGGCUCAGCUCGUCUCUCUCAGAAAGGAUCUCUCAGUGAGUCAGAAGGAGUGUGAGGAGGUGAAGGUUCGUCUGAGACACAAAGAGCAGCAUGUUGCAGAAGCAUUGAAGGCCGACGGAGCUCCCCGCGUCGCCGGGUUGUGUCUGCAGUGUGCGCAGCAUGAAGCGGUGGUGGCUGGAACUCAUGCAAAUCUGCAUGUGCAGGCUAUUGACAGGCUCACAAAGGAACGGGACGAGUUGCUGGCAGCUCUGCGUGCGGUGCGAGCGAGUCAACAAGAGGCCCAGCAGAGAGAGUGGUCAGCCUGCCUGCAGGUCAAACAGGCUGUGGAGAUAGCUGAAGAAGCCAAUCUACAAAAAACUAGGGUGGAGAUGCAGUGUGAGCAGUUAUCCAGGGAGCUGGCGCGACAGAGGGAACAGCUGGACAGAGAGGCGCAUGCAGUGCGGGCCAAGAUGGCGGAGGCCCGAGAGGAGGGCCGGGCUGAGGCACGCAAACAAAAAGAAGAGCUAGCACAAACGGCGUCCAGCCUGUCUCAGCAGGUAGCCGCGCUGGAGGGGCAGCUGGACCGAGCGCACAGAGACAGGAGUUCACUGACCAAUCAGCUGGAGGACACGCUCAGCAAGCUAACCAAUCAGGAACAAGACAACGCCAAGGUAUGUGUGGAUCUGCGGUAUCAGCUUAGCAAUGCCAGCCUGAAGAAAGAGGAGGCUGAGCGAGAGCUCAGAGAGCUGAAGGCCAAGACGAGCAGGCAGAACGAAAAAGCUGCACAGGAAGUGGAAAGUCUGAGCUCAGAGCUGGUUUGCUGUCGGCAGCGUUUGGAGGCGGCCCAAAGGGUUGGGAGCCAAUGGCAGUCCAAAUCUCUGAGCCUGGAAGAACAGCUGGCAAAUGCCCAGCGCCAACUGCACCUCACCAGACAGGACAGAGAGAGUGCGGAGCGGGCUCAUGCAGAGGAAAUGGCGUCUGUGACCCUUUCAGUGCGGGAACGGGAGAAGGAGCUGGCUGUCAUGCUGCAGAAAACAGAGGCUCAACACCUGCAGAGAGUCGGAGAGAUGGAGCAUCUCAUGGGUUCCCAGAAUUCCCUGAUCGGGAAGCUCAAAGAGGAAUGCUGCAAACUUGGGGCCAAACUGGAAGAGUUGUCUCUUCAAAGCAGGAGCGAGCUGGAACAGCUGGCUCUGGAGAAGCAGCACUCGGAGGAGACGGUGAGGAGUCUGAGAGCGCGCUGCUUGGAGAUGGAGGAGCAGUGUGUCCAGCAUGGACGCAUGCACCAGCGCAUGAAGGACAGGUGUGGAGACUCUGCGCAGAACGUUCUCAUAAUCACUCAGGCUGAAUCUAAAGCCUCGUUUCACAUCCUAACCCGGUCAUGUUCACAUUUGCCGCAGGUUUUCUUUUGAAGAAACAGGAUUUUGACUGUAUUUUGUGUGGUUUGCAUUUGAGCGCUCAAAUAUUUAACAACUUUAUUUCAGAAAUCGGGCAAGGAUCAAAAAAUGUGAAAAUUAUGGAAUAUUUAAGAUGCACACCUGUGGGUCUUUAAGUGACCAAAGUCUUAAAAAGCAGCUCAUUCAAAAGUGCAAAUGAACUUUUGCCAAGAGAUGAAAACAAAUGAGAAACCAGGAAAAUUGUAGAGGUUUUUUUUUUCAGCUGUAUGAAUUAGAGAAUAACUCCUCCCCCACCUGUUGCUGCAAACUCCUCAUCAUCUGGAUGACAGAAUUGGCUAAAAUUACUAUUUUUUAUUUAUUUAUUUAUUUAUUUGCAGAUGCAAAGAAAAAAAAAACGUGACGGUCAUUAUUUAGAAGCUCACAGCAGAAUACAGGCUGGCUUGCUACACUUCCCAUGCUUCUCUAUAAAGAGCAGAACUGAAAAAAUAGGUGUCAGUAGAUAGAUAUAUUUUGCUUAAGUUAGUGCAUUAAAAUAAAAGUAAUUAAUAGAUAGUAACAUUAUUACAGCUGUAAUAUUCAGUGUUUUAUCAUUUUAGCAUCAGUAGGAAUAAUUGUUUCUUCUUUAAAUACCAGUUCUCAAUUAGAUACGUUUUGCGUCAAAAACUUUUGUUAAUUCAUUGAAAACACGACACAGUGGUAUUUUUUCUUAACAGCCAUUCAUGCCUUGACUUAUGAAACUCAGAAACAAGACAAAGGUCCUUAAAUCGAGGCACAAACUGAACUGUGUUAUAAAAAUUUAUUAGUAAAAUAAAAAAAACUUGGAUUCUCA